AUGCCUGCACGCAUUGCUGUGCCGCUUUCAGAAGACUCUCCGACCUACAAACGCAUGAAAUUGUGCAUGCAUGAGAAUAUUAGGGAUGAUAUCAUCGAUGAUAUCAGGGAUGAUAUCACUGAUGAUAUCAAUGGUAAUAUCACUGAUGAUAUCAAUAAUGAUGUCACUGAUGAUAUCAAUGAUGAUGUCACUGAUGAUGCUCCCGACUGUACAAAAUGUAAAUCUAGGCAGACACACGUACAGAACACACAACAUGCACAAUUGCACACCUACAGGAUUAGAGUUUCGGUGAUUAGACGAACAAUUAAUGGCUGGAUAGGGAAUCGGUAUUCGCAAAUAUCCGAUGUAGUCAGUAUGAGGAUGUUUGCGAUACCGAGAUAUUUGCCAGCCAGUCGUAGCAUCUGGAUGUCGAGCAUUGGUUUGGUGUUUGCCCAACACCCCCAGCGUACCGAGAGGGCGGGGGUGGAUUGCCACGGCCUCCGAUUAAAAAGGGUCCUCCGAAAAACCGCCAUACACAAAUUUUAA